AUGUUUGAUUUUAAUCGAAAUAACAAAAGAACUGAAAUUUAUUGGCUUAAGCAGCCCGUGACUGAUUUAAAAAUAAAAAUUAAAUUUAAACCCCAGUCAAGUAUUAUAAGCUUACCAAAAUAUGAAGACUUUGUGACUACAUCAAACAAGGUUAAUUUAGAGAAAGUCGACACAGACAAAGUUGAGGAAUAUGUUUUUAAAUGGCAAGAAAAAGUGUUUAGUGCAUGGGAAAUCAAUCACUAUAAAGAAAUACAUAACUGUAUAAGUAAUGCCGACUUGUGUUACAAUGGUAUGCUAAAAUCUAGAGAAUAUGAGGCCCAAAAAGUGUUUACAUAUGUUAAUCAAGAUAAUCAUUUACCAUCGCCAUUAAACUGGAAAAAGAGUGCAAACAAAAGCUUCUUUAAUCUUAAUUCAUGCUUAGAGAAAUUGAAUUUAGAAGACAGGAUUGGGAGAGUUCUUGGAAAUUCAAGCUCAACACAUCAUUUAUUUAGGAGUGAUGAAAAUAUCACCACAGGAAAAGAGCAAUGGAUUGCAAUGCAUGUUGUAUUAGAUGAUUCCCUAUACACAGAUGAUUCCCAACUCCUUGUUAAGCAGGAGUAUGUUCUUCUAUCGUUAUAUUACAAUGUGAUAGAAAAUUAUCUCAUAGUAACGCCCGAUGCAAACGACCUGAUGGUAAACCCUUACGAUGUGGUGAUGGAAGCCGGGUCAUCAGACCAUCAGUACGGCGUAGAGAUCAUUUUUGAAGAGUUGGAAAGUGAUGAAGAACUAGUGACGUUGUUAAACAAUCUCUACAAGAAAUGGGAAAACAAACACAAGCGGUUACUGAACUUUGUACCACCGCCGUUGGGGAGGACGAAGGUGUAUGUCACAUUUGAAAUUUUAUCGGCGACCGAUUUUGAAUUGGACAACAUUUAUAUUGAGUACGAAAUUAAGAUUCCAGAAGAGGUCAUAUGCGAGAGCUCACUGCAUGGCCGAACUCACGUUAGUAAGGGUAUGAUUAACGAAGACUCCUCACAUUGGAGCUAUGGACAUAUAAUUGAACUGGAAUUGGAAAUAUCCAUUGAGAUAGAUGCACCGCCACUCCAAAUGUUCUUCGAAGUUAUUUCAACGGAUUGGUGGGGGAGGCACCGCACAGAAGGAUAUUGCUAUCUCCCUCUGUUGUUGAGCUCUGGCUAUAACACUAAGCGGCUGUCCUGCACCAGGCCAGAGGAGAAAAACAAAGUGGAAGCUGACAGUAGACGCUUCUUUGUCGGUGGAUGCCAUUUGAUAAAGGAUUUAGAAGUUCUGUCGAAGCCACAGUUACAGAGUGCAGACUUCACAUACACAGCCACAGGAUACAUAGACGUCCGAUGGAGUACCGUCAAGCAAGUUCAUGAACUAGGAGGUCAGGAAUUACCUGCACCAGCAGGAAGCAGCUCAUCAUCAGCGUUGCUUCAAGGAGCAGAAGCCGUGUUGAGACAGUACAGUCAAGCGAGGGCAAGACUCGCCGCUGCCACCAAAGAUCUCGCUGACGGAGAUGGAUAG